AACUGGUUCUUGGGAUUUUUGUGCGGUGUGAUCGGGAUUUUUUAGUUACACGGUUACAGGGCAGCCGUGCUGCGAACUUGACAGUGUACCCAAAAUUCAUUCGUUUAGGAAGGCUCUAAUUUUUUUACAAAUUCAAUCAAUUGGUUUCGAUUAGUGCUUAGGAAGAUACACACAAUAAUGAAGUACUCAAUAGAUCAGCAUCACAACUUGAGGGCAAGCUGAAUUUGUCUGGUAAUGAGUGUCACUGGUAAGUGGAGGAGCCUAGAACGCUUCGUCUAUGGCAGAUUCGGCUAACACACCUGCUGUAGCCAGCACUAGCCGCCGGAAACGUGUGCUGCAUUCGCAGCCACGUUCUGAGGCCAAGCGUCUUCGAACCUCUUCUCAAGAAGUUAUCAACCCCGACAUCAGACAAAAUCACAAUUCCCUUAAACUCAAGGUAAAAACUUCUAAGGCGGCCCAACUUAACAAUUCGGUCGCGAACAACAGUUUAAAGUCGCGGUCCCUUUCCGACCUCGCAACCUCAACAUCCUCCCCCUCAUCGACCCCAUCGUCCUCAUCGACCUCGUUACGGCAGCAACGCAACUCGUCGCGUUCCCGCCGUUCGUCCAGAUCGCAGCAGAUCGAAGCGACCACCUCCAACGAGGAAGAGUCCAUCCCGUCCUCGCGUUCGAGCAGCGGCAAACGCUCAGCCAAACAGGAGAACCACCGCACACCGGCGACCGUCGAGAACGCAGCUGCGCAGCGCAACAACUCGGACUCGAGCGCAGCCGACGGCAGAUCCAGAUCAAACAAACACAAACCUAAGAACCAGAAGAAGAACGUCGACUCGCCCAGUUCGUCGAAGGAUCGUUCCGGCGCCGAGGAGGGCGCCGGCCACCGUAGGGCGUCGUCGUCGUCGAGUUUGGGCGACCACCAUCACCACCACCGCAAAAAUCAGCAGCAACAGCACGCCACCACCGACAGAGACCUGCGCGUGCGCAAAACACUGAACAACCGGUUCAAGUCGCGUCGCUCCGAACCGAACGUCGGCACCGUCAAGGCGGCUGCGGUGGCGGCUCUGCGAGUGGCCGUCAGCACGUCCACCAGUGAGACCGACAUACCGGUAUCGUCUGGCUCGCGCAACGCCCACAAGGCCAACCUAUCCCUGACCAAUUUCCAACAGUCGCACAAGUACCCGUUGAGGAGCCGCAGCUCGUCGAGCGGCGGCAGCGGCGACUUAUCGGCGCGUCACUGGCGCAGGUCGCAACCGGCCCGCGUCCACGGCAGCGGCGGCACAUCGGCGUCCGCGGCCCAAGGCGGCGUCGACCAAUCGGCACAGGCAGCAGCGCUGGGGGCGAGCAGCAGCACCAGCGGCGGAGGCGCAUCGGCCAGCGGCAGCGGACAUCAGACGUCUGCGUCGUCGUCCGGCGGACACCAGGCGUCCUCCGGCAAAGACGAGCACAACCAGGAUCAGCACGUGGCGGCGCCGCGGCUCACGCGCAGCCAGGGUCCCGUGCUGAGGAGGAGCACGCGAAACAGCAAAGGGCACACCACAUCAACAACGGGUUCGUGCGCUAGCUCGAGCGGCAGCGGCGGUGGAGCGGGGGCCGGCGGUCAGCAGUCGUCGUCGUCGAGGCGGGGCGCGGCUGGCGGUGGAGGGGCGGCCGUCGCCGCAGCCGCGUCCUCGUCCGGCGGCGGGCGCCACCACCAGCAGCAGCAGCAGAAGGGAGCCGGCGGCAUGGCCGCCCACCAACAGCCCGGGCUGCUGCAGACGCCACCGCAGGCGUCGGCCGCGAUGGCGGCGGCGGACCAGCCGGCGGCCGACAUGCCCAACAACGGGCUGGCAGGUAAGAAACCGGCAGACAACCACCACACAACCAACACGACGUCGUCCAUGGCGCCCGGCGGCGGCAGACACGCCAAACGAUCGAACAAGGGCGAGUCGAAGAAGAAAGGUACUGAGGAACCCCCGUCUCCCCAGGAGGCCGCACAGGCUUCGCUACAGACUGGCGGCGGGCCUUCGGGCCCGAACGCCGACUCUGAAAGCGACGACAGCGAAGUGGGGCGGUUGCAGGCUCUUUUGGAGGCGCGAGGUCUGCCUCCGCACCUUUUCGGCGCCUUGGGUCCACGCAUGCAACAUAUUUUACACAGGAGCAUCGGGGCCCACUCUUCUGUACAAAGGGCACAAGCUUUGUUACCGGGACUACAAGCUACAGGUGAUGAAGGUCAGCAGUUGCAGGCUGUCAUAGAGAUGUGUCAGGUGUUGGUGAUGGGCAACGAGGAGAUCCUGACCGGUUUUCCCAUCAAGCAGGUCGUUCCGGCUCUUAUCACGCUCCUCGGCAUGGAUAGCAACUUUGAUAUCAUGAAUCAUGCCUGCCGAGCUUUGACAUACAUGAUGGAGGCCCUUCCUCGUUCUUCCGCCGUCGUAGUAGAUGCUGUGCCCGUUUUCUUGGAGAAGCUCCAAGUUAUCCAGUGUAUGGAUGUGGCCGAACAAUCCCUUACCGCCCUCGAUAUGCUUUCUAGACGUCAUGCCAAGGCCAUUCUUCAAGCGAGAGGUGUCUGCGCCUGUUUGAUGUAUCUCGACUUCUUCUCGAUAAAUGCGCAAAGAAACGCGUUGUCCAUCACUGCGAACUGCUGCUUGAACCUCACCUCGGAGGAGUUCCAAUUCGUUCAGGAGUCGCUGCCGCUGUUGGCCAGCCGACUGACGCAGCAGGACAGAAAGUGCGUGGAAAGUGUGUGUCUGGCGUUCUCGCGUCUCGUGGACAGUUACCAGCUGGAACCGCAGCGAUUGCAGGAGAUAGCGAGCACCGAACUGCUGACCAAUUUGCAGCAACUGUUGGUGGUUACACCCCCUAUUGUGAGCACCGGAACGUUUAUAACAGUGCUGCGUAUGUUGUCCGUGAUGUGCGCCAACUGUCCGGACCUUGCGUUGACUCUGCUUAAGCAGAACAUUGCGGAAACUUUGCUUUAUCUAUUGACCGGAUCCGCCGAGGUGAAUCAGGAUGAAGUUGAAUUGAUUCCAAGGCAACCUCAAGAACAGUUUGAGAUAACCGCCUUGAUUGGUGAAUUGAUGCCCAAAUUGCCGACGGACGGCAUAUUCGCCGUUGAUCAACUAUUGGAGAGACCCACUACCGUGGCCAAGGAUCAACCUGUUUGGCAGUGGCGCGACGACAGGGGCAUGUGGCACGCCUACGGAGCCGUGGACAGCCGCAUCAUCGAGGCUGCCCACAUGGUCGGAGACGACGACGUCAGCCUAAACACUUUAGGCAGAAUUUACACAAUUGAUUUGCACACAAUGCAGCAGCUAAACGAAGAUACCGGUACGACUAGACCAGUGCAGAGACGCUGCAGCCCAUCGUCGGGCAGCGCCGCCCAGACCAAUCCCUCAGAGCCGGCCCAAUCGUCGUCGUCCGCCGCAAAUUCGGGACGUCCGAGUUCAUCGGGCCGCGACGCCCGCGUCGCCUGCCUCCGCGAGGAACGCGGCCUCGCCGCCACCUUCAUACGAUCUCUCUUCUCCGUACUCUACGAGGUGUACUCAUCCAGCGCCGGCCCGGCGGUCCGCUUCAAGUGCAUCAAGGCCCUCCUUCGCAUGGUCUACUACGCCACCCCGGAUCUACUGAAGGACGUGCUCAAGAAUCAGGUGGUCAGCAGCCACAUCGCCGCCAUGAUGGCGUCGAGCGACCUUCGCAUCGUCGUCGGGGCACUGCAGAUGGCCGACAUCUUAAUGACCAAGCUCCCGAAGGAGUUUGGCGUGCACUUCCGUCGGGAGGGGGUCAUGCAUCAGAUCAACAGGCUUGCCGAUCCUGAGGUUCCUCUGGGUGUAAGUCCUCCGAAGCAAUGCUACAGCUCGUCGUCGUUUUCUUCCAUGAACGAUUCGCAACCUGGCCCCUCCCAAUCGUCCAGUAAUUCGACGAUUGGAACAGCUAAUGGGUCCGCUUCCAACGCACUAACACCGGCCUCCUCUAUAUAUACUUCCACUCCCGAUUCGUCCCGACUUCAGGACUCUGAGGGUCGUUCACCUAGUCCUUCACACGGUCGUCUCACAGAUGUUCUGAAGAGAAAACGUGUAGGCAAGCGCCCAAGCGGCAGCAGCCGCUCCAAGUCCAGACACGAGGACAUGCCCAUAUCACCAUCGCUUAUGCAAGACCUCUUCACCAAAGCCGCUUCCCUUGGUACUUCUACACCAAGCAAUGCUUCUUCACGCUCCCGAUACUCCGGCUCGAAGACCAGCUUCCUACAAAGCUUGAACCCCGCACGUUGGGGACGCAACAUGAAUUCGUCCCACGACAGAAACUACAGCAAGGACGCCAUGAACAGCCUGUCCAAAUCUUCAUCCAAUUCGCAUCUCACUGCAGGCAACAGAGAGAAAGCCAGGACCUGGGUGCGGGAGCAAGCAUCCAAGUUUAUCGAAACAUAUUCAUCCGGUGAAGACGACCAGCAUCCGGCAAUCAGCGUCAUCGCUCGCCUCAAGGUUUCAAUCGAGAAGCUGCCGACGGGCAAGUGCGCAGAGGCGCUGUGCGAGCUCCGCGACAUCCUCAUCGGCUCAGACAUAUCACCGUUCGAAGUGAACCACAGCGGCCUCAUCAAGGCGCUGCUCUCCUUCCUGGCCGACGUGAACGGCCCGUUCGACAGAGACCAGAGGCUGCGCAUCCUGCUGAACGUCUUCGCCGACUGUCCGUUGGAAUCGAACGUGACCCGCAUCGGCGAUCUGAACGGGGAAUGGAUGGGCACGCUGGUCGCCAAGCUGAACGGAUGCGUGUCGCAGCUAGAGCAGUUCCCGGUCAAGGUGCACGAUUUGCCCGCUAGUUCGGGGGCUGGACGCGGCGGCACCAGCGCCCUCAAGUUCUUCAACACGCACCAACUCAAGUGCAAUUUGCAAAGACACCCGGAUUGCACCAAUUUGAAGCAGUGGAAGGGCGGCACCGUUAAAAUCGACCCUUUAGCCCUUGUGCAAGCCAUCGAACGUUACUUGGUUGUACGCGGUUACGGUCGCUUACGCGACAAAGAUAGUGCCGAAAGCGACGACGGCGAUUCCGACGACGAUAUCGACGACACCUUACAAGGUGUAGCAAUCACCCAAUCGGGUGCAAAACACAAAUUACAGUUCCUAAUAGGAAAUAACGUUUUACCCUACAACAUGACCGUAUACCAGGCUGUGAGACAGUUUAGCAACAAUGGAAAUGACCAAAGCGAAACUGACACCGAUAACGAGGCGCCCCUGGGCAACGCCGGCAUUUGGGUUCAGACCCACGUCAUCUACUACAGACCCCUGAAGGAGGAACCGCAAGGUUCUUCGAAACAAGGCGCAACCAGCAGCUCCGGACACUCGAGCAGGAAGGGCAAGGGGUCCAGCAACAAGAGCACUUCCAAACGCAAGGGCGACGAUCUCUGGACUGACGGCGUCACUCCACCUCUUCAUUCGCCAUUGACACCAUAUCUGUGCACUUCGUUGCCCGACUUCGUCAACAUUCAAGACGCCUCCACCGACGUCCUGUGUCUGUUGCGCAUCUUGAACGCGUUGAACCUCCACUGGAACACUCUGUACCCGGCCAUCGAGCAGCGCCCGAUCCUGCCCGCCUCCGAAUUUUUGAACAGCAAGAUCGCCGCCAAAGCCAGCCGCCAGUUGCAGGACCCGCUGGUCAUCAUGACGGGCAACCUGCCCAACUGGUUGCAGCAGAUCGCCUCCGCUUGCCCGUUCCUGUUCCCCUUCGACACCAGACAACUGUUGUUCUACGCCACCUCGUUCGACCGCGAUCGUGCCUUACAGAGAUUGUUGGACAUGUCGCCAGAAUUGAGCAGCACUGAUUCGCAAGAGAGGGUCACGCCAAGGUUGGACAGGAGGAAGAGAACGAUUUCGAGGGAGGACAUACUGAAGCAGGCAGAACAGGUGAUGCAAGACUUGGCCUCGUCCAGAGCUCUGCUCGAGGUUCAAUACGAGAACGAAGUCGGCACCGGGCUCGGUCCGACCUUGGAGUUCUACGCGCUCGUGUCCAGGGAGUUGCAGCGCAGCAGCUUAGAGCUCUGGUACGCGCCCGAUUCGAAUAACAGUGAGUAUGUGAUGAAUCCCACUGGAUUAUUCCCGGCGCCUUUGUCCAGAACUGCUAAGGUUAGCCAGCUUAGCAAGGUGAAGAGCAAGUUUAGAUUCCUGGGCAAAUUUAUGGCCAAGGCCGUCAUGGAUUCUCGUAUGCUAGAUCUUCCAUUUUCGUUAACUUUUUACCGAUGGCUGCUGGGCCAAGAACAUUGCUUGACUCUAUCAGACAUGUUGCAUGUUAACCCAGACAUGUACAGAACACUCAGGAAGAUGCAGGAUAUUGUUAGGGAAAGAGACGAGAUAAUCAGAAACGGAGAUUUAACAGAAGACGAAAAGACUGAACAAAUCGAAAACCUCACGUUUGAUGGAUGCACCAUUGAAGAUCUCGGAAUUGAUUUCGUAAUACCUGGUUAUAAUGUAGAAUUAAUGAAGAACGGUAAAUCCACACAUGUAACCAUCCACAACUUGCACAUGUAUGUGAAACUCACCGUACAUUGGAUGCUGGUCGAAGGUGUCUCGCGCCAAAUGGAGUCUUUGCGCGAGGGCUUCGAGUCAGUAUUCCCGCUGCAAAAUCUCAAGGUGUUCCAGCCUGAGGAGUUAGAAUCGGUGUUCUGCGGCAGUCCCAAGGAUUCGAUGUACGGAUGGGAUGUUAAAACGUUGAUGGAAUGUUGCCGCCCAGAUCACGGCUAUAAUCAAGAUUCGAAGGCGAUCCGGUUCUUCUUUGAAAUUCUGAGUUCGUACAACAGGGAAGAGCAGCGACAAUUUCUACAAUUCUUGACUGGCAGCCCUAGGUUACCAGUAGGAGGUUUUAAGGCUCUGUCACCUCCACUAACUGUGGUACGCAAAACUUUGGAAGGCAACAUGAAUGCGGAUAAUUUCCUUCCUUCUGUGAUGACAUGCGUUAACUACCUCAAGUUACCAGAUUACUCAACUAUAGAGGUCAUGAGGGAUAAACUGCGUUUAGCAGCAUCAGAAGGACAACAUUCUUUCUAUCUUUCCUAAUUUUUUUGUAAAAAGUGUUUCAUAAAACAUAAAAAAAUACUUGUGUAAUUUUAUAUUUACUUUAAUGUGGUAAAUACACCCAAAAACUUCGAAUAUAUAUUUAUAUUUUGUCUAUUUUAAUAAACUAUAAGCCCCCCAUUUAGAGGGUAUUGAGUUAAAUUAUUAGGGUUUGUCCUUAGUUUUUCGUACAAUUAAUCAUUUGAUUUACUGAAUUGUUGCUUCUUGUAGUACGUUUUGGUAAUUUUUUAAUGAUAUAAUUUUGAAUUAGUUUUUAGUAUUUUUAUUUUCGUUAAUCGUGUGGAUAACCUGGGGGGCUCCUCGACUGACUUGUGCAAUGGACACAUGAGUGUAUAGUGAUAAGGUGUAAACUGCAACGAACUGUCGUUAGGCUAACUUUGAAAUAAUUGCCAAAUGUAUAGUUUCACUGUGUUCCACAAAAUAACACAGUUAUAUUAACAAAAUGUAGUUUUAAUUUAAAAAUAUGUUUCAAUAAAUUUGUAUACAUAA